GCAGUUAGUUUUUUAAAACUAACUUCUGGCCAGAGCUUGCAAGACAAUUUUUUCCCACACGAGUGCAAGUUAUCAAAAGUUGUACUCGUACGCUAAUAUGGUUUAAAGCUUUAAGAUGUCUUUGUGCUGUCGCUUUUUGGAAGAUGCCAAGCGAGAUUUGAGAAAGGCAGACAGAGAAAUAAGGAGACAGAUAAGGCUGAUGGACCUGCAUCCACAUUACCUAUGUGAUAUGCACCUGCAUCCACACUGCCUGUGUGAUAUACACCUGCAUCCACAUUGUGGGUGUGAAAUACACCCAUAUCCACAUUGCCUGUGUGCUAUACACCCACACUGCCAUCCACCAUCAUGCCUCACAGUUUGGGAGAAGAAAGCCAUUAAAGCAAAACUGGAGGCAGAGCGAGAAAUGGACAGCAUACGAAGAAGAGUUAAUAGGAUGUUGAACUCAUGCCAUGACCAUAAGCUUUUAGCUCUGAUGGAUGUUAAGGGGUUUGACCCAGAGGAAGUUACAGUGAAGGUGAAAGAUGGGAAGGUUAAAGUGUCAGCUGAACACGAGGAGGAGCAUAGGACCCUAAGAGGGAAGGAAUACAACUACACAAAUCUUACCAAGGAGAUCAGCUUGCCUCCAGGGGUACAUGAAGAGGAGGUGAUGUACACUGUAGGACCUAACAGUUUGGUGAAGAUUGAAACUCCACGCAAGUGUUUCCCUUGCCUCCUGAGUCUAAUUUGAAGACGGUGGCUCUGAGCAGCAGUAGUACUGUAUAUGUACAUAGUACAAGCAACUCCUCCAGUGUUUUUUAACUCUACCUUUUAAGCAUAAGUUGGCAACUGUUCUGACCAGUUUAGAAACAAACGAUAGUGCUGCAAAACUA